UGAAACAUUCUGGCUGAAAAAUGUUUCAAAGCAUUGACUGCUCUCAAGUUCACUAUUUGCUUUGAACAACAGACAACCCUAUAAAGAGAUGAUCAUAUUAUAAUGUGCAGCAACUUUUUUUGUUUCUAGCUGCCAAAAUGAGAUCUUUAACCAAUUCCAUCUUCAUCUCAAUAUUAACCUUAUUUUGCAGCCAAACAUGUAUCAUUAACCUUUCAUCUGUGGCUGCAAUAACCUCAAUGAAGCCCGGUGAUGAACUCAAUUACUCUCAGGUUCUUGAUUCAGAAGGUGGAAAAUUCAAGUUAGGCUUUUACUCUAUCCAGCAAACUGAUAAAUAUUAUCUUGGGAUAUGGUAUGCAGGUGAUCCACAAAAUAAGAAAUUAUGGAUAGCCAAUCCAAAUACACCUAUAUUGAACAAUUCAGGAUUGCUCACUAUAGAUACUACAGGAACAUUGAAAAUCACCAGUGGAGGGAAGACAGUUGUGAAUAUUGCCCCUCCUUUAUUGACAGGAAGUUUAAUAGCUAGGCUUCAAGAUUCAGGAAAUCUUGUGCUUCAGGAUGAAACUCGGAAUAAUACUUUAUGGCAAAGCUUCGAUCAUCCUACCGAUAGUCUUUUGCCUGGUAUGAAGCUUGGUUAUAACCUGACAACAAAGCGAAACUGGACUUUAACUUCUUGGUUAAGUGAUUCUAUUCCGGCUUCGGGGGCUUUUACUUUAGGUUUGGAGUCCCUUCAAGAUGCAUUUCAGCUUGUUAUUCGUAGAAGGGGCGAGGUUUAUUGGACUAGUGGUGCUUGGAGAAAUCAAGGUUUUCCAUUCUUAUCUACAUUGAAUGAUUCUUCUAACAUAUAUAAGUAUAAUCUCAACUUGGUGUCUGAAAAAGAUGGUGCAUUCUUCCAAUUUGAUGCUCCAGAGGGAAGUUACCCAAGUCUUGAGUUGUUCCCAAAUGGGGCUAUUGUUGGUGGUGAAGACAGACGUGUAUACGCCCUUUAUAAUGAGUUCUGCUAUGGUUAUGAAAGUGAUGGUGGUUGUGUCACUAGUCAGUUGCCUGAGUGCCGAAAGGAUGGGGAUAAAUUUGACCAAAAGAGUGGAGACUUUAUUGAUAGAUCUAAUACUAAUGAUUAUGAUAAUGCAAGCCUUAGUCUUGGUGAUUGUAUGCAGAAAUGCUGGGAGCACUGCAGUUGUGUUGGCUUCACCAUGCUCAACAGCAAUAGGACAGGCUGCACAAUUUGGAAUGGAAAUGGGGAGUUUCGAGUCGAUGAGAGUGGUAAUACAGUGAAAAAAUAUGUUCUGGUUUCACUAAAAUCAGGAAAACAAAAGAAUUGGAUAUGGAUAGUAAUUGUGGUAGCUAUUGUUGUCGCUUUGCUAAUAUCUGGUUUAAUCUUCUACAUUAUAGCAAGAAGGCGCAGACAACAAGAUGAGAAUAGAAAGGAGGAAGAGUAUAUACGUGAGUUGACAGCAUCAGAUAGCUUCAAUGACACUAAUUUGAAAGAAAAAGAUGGAAGGGAAGUACAAGAUUUGAAGAUAUUUAGCUUUGGCUUUGUAUUGGCGGCCACAAACAACUUCUCCAGUGAAAACAAGCUCGGAGAGGGUGGUUUUGGACCUGUGUAUAAGGGAAAAUUUCCAGACGGGAGAGAGGUGGCAGUCAAGCGACUUUCACGAACAUCAGGUCAAGGACUUGUAGAGUUCAAGAAUGAGCUUAUACUCAUUGCAAAAGUUCAGCACACAAAUCUAGUUCGAGUUAUAGGAUGCUGUAUUCGUGGAGAUGAAAAAAUGUUGAUAUAUGAGUACAUGCCUAACAAGAGCUUGGACUUCUUUCUAUUCGAUCCUGAAAGGAAGAAGCUACUAGAUUGGAAGAAACGUUUUGAGAUUAUAGAAGGAAUUUCUCAAGGAUUGCUCUAUCUUCACAAAUACUCAAGAAUGAGAGUGAUACAUAGAGAUUUAAAAGCUAGUAAUGUGCUCUUGGACGAAAACAUGAAUCCUAAGAUAGCUGAUUUUGGUAUGGCAAGAAUUUUCAAACAGAAUGAGACGGAGGCAGUGACUGGCAGGGUUGUAGGAACAUAUGGUUACAUGGCUCCCGAGUUCGCAAUGGAAGGAGCAUUCUCAAUUAAGUCUGAUGUCUUCAGCUUUGGAAUCUUAAUGCUGGAAAUUGUGAGUGGUAAAAGAACUACUAGCUUACAACAAUUCGAUCGUCCACUCAACUUAAUAGGUUAUGCAUGGGAGCUAUGGAAAGAAGGAUGUGCACUGGACUUGAAGGAUCCGGUUCUUGGAGAUUUAUGUGACACUAAACUGUUAUUACGAGUUAUUCAUGUCGGACUAUUAUGUGUACAAGAAGGCGCAACAGAUAGGCCAACAAUGUCUGAUGUUAUCUCAAUGCUUGGUAAUGACAGUAUGCCACUGCCCACACCAAAACAACCAGCAUUUUUCACCGGAAGAAAUGAAGUCGAAUCAAAUUCAUCUGGUGAUCCAGUAGAGAAGAAAUUAUGGAUAGCAAAUCCAAAUACACCUAUAUUGAACAACUCAGGAUUGCUCACAUUAGAUUCUACAGGAACAUUGAAAAUCACCAUUGGAGGGAAGACAGUUGUGAAUAUUGUCAAUUCUACAGGAUUGACAGGAAGUUUAGUAGCUAGGCUUCAAGAUUCUGGAAAUUUUGUGCUUCAGGAUGAGACUCGGAACAAGACUUUAUGGCAAAGCUUUGAUCAUCCUACCAGUUGUCUUUUGCCUGGUAUGAAGCUCGGUUAUAACCUUACCACAAGACAGAAUUGGACUUUAACUUCUUGGUUGGUUAGUAGUACAAUUCCGGCCUCGGGGACUUUUACUUUAAGUUUGGAGGCCAUUCAAGAUGGAUUUCAGUUGGUUAUUCGUCGAAGGGGAAGGAUUUAUUGGACUAGUGGCGCUUGGAACAAUCAAGGUUUUCCAUUCUUAACUUCAUUCCAUGAUUCUGGUACUAUUUAUCAGUACAAUCUCAACUUGGUAUCCGGUAAGGAUGGGAUGUUCUUCCAAUUUGAGGCUACAAAAGGAAGUUUCCCAAGUCUUGAGUUGUUUUCAGAUGGAGCUAUUGUUGCUGGAGAUGAUCGUAUAUACACCCGUUAUAAUAAGUUCUGUUAUGGUCAUGAAAGUGACUAUGGUUGUGUCUCUAGUCAGUUGCCUGAGUGCCGAAAGGGUGGUGAUAAAUUUGAGCAAAAAAGAGGAGACUUUAUAGAUACAUCUGGUACUACUACUAAUUACUAUGAUAAUGCAAGCAUUAGUCUUGGUGAUUGUAUGCAGAAGUGUUGGGAGCACUGCAGUUGUGUUGGAUUCACCACGCUCAACAGCAAUGGGACAGGCUGCCUGAUUUGGAAUGGAAAGAGGGACUUUCGAGUCGAUGAGAGUGGUAAUGCAGUGCAAAGAUAUGUUCUGGUUUCACCAAAAUCAUCUAAAGGAAAACCUUGGAUAUGGAUAGUAUUAUCUAUAUUUAUCACAAUGCUAAUAUGUGGUUUCAUUUGCUUCAUCAGAACGAGAAUACUCAAACUACAACAUGAGAAAAGAAAGGAGGAAGAGUAUAGAAGUGAGUUGAAAGAAGCAGACAACCUCAACAAAACAAAUCUGCAAGAAGAAGCUGAAAGAGAAGUACAAGAUUUGAAGAUAUUUAGCUUUGGAUUGAUAUUGGCAGCCACAAACAACUUCUGGAUCGGUAACAAGCUCGGAGAGGGUGGUUUUGGACCCGUUUAUAAGGGACAAUUUCCAGAUGGAAGAGAGGUGGCAGUCAAGAGACUUUCAAGAACAUCAGGUCAAGGGCUUGCGGAGUUCAAGAAUGAGCUUAUACUAAUUGCUAAAGUUCAGCACAGAAAUCUAGUUCGAGUUCUAGGAUACUGUAUUCACGGAGAUGAGAAAAUGUUGAUUUAUGAGUACAUGCCGAACAAGAGCUUGGACUUCUUCCUUUUUGAUCCUGCAACAAAGAAGCUACUGGAUUGGCAGAAACGCUUUGAGAUUAUAGAAGGAAUUGCGCAAGGAUUACUCUAUCUUCACAAAUACUCAAGAAUGAUAGUGAUACAUAGAGAUCUAAAAGCUAGUAAUGUGCUCUUGGAUGAAAACAUGAAUCCUAAGAUAGCUGAUUUUGGUCUGGCAAGAAUUUUCAAACAGAACGAGACAGAGGCGGUGACUGGCAGGGUUGUUGGAACAUAUGGUUACAUGGCUCCCGAGUUCGCAAUGGAAGGAGCAUUCUCGAUCAAGUCUGAUGUCUUCAGCUUUGGAGUCAUAAUGCUGGAAAUUGUGAGUGGUAGAAGAAAUGCUAGCUUACAACAGUUCGAUCGUCCUCUCAACUUAAUAGGUUAUGCUUGGGAACUAUGGAAAGAAGGAUGUGCACUAGAACUGAAGGAUCCAACUCUUGGAGAUCUUUGUGACACUCAACAAUUAUUACGAGUUAUUCAUGUCGCACUAUUGUGUGUACAAGAAGGCACAGCAGAUAGGCCAACAACGUCUGAUGUUAUCUCAAUGCUUGGUAAUGAGAGUAUGUCACUGCCUAUUGCAAAACAACCUGCAUUUUUCACAGGAAGAGAUGAAUCUGAAUCAUAUUCGUUCACAGCCAAAACAGAACAAUGUUCGGUUAAUGAUUGUUCCAUCACUGUCGUUGAAGCAAGAUGAGAUUAGAGAUGUUGUAUUUAGCCUGCUUCAUACACACUAGGACUCUGGCAUAAUUAAGCCUAUUUUGUCGUGCACAUAAUAAAAGCACAUUAUAUAGGAAGAAGAUAGGAAAAAUGCAGGAUUCUGCUGAUUAGACUCGUUAGUUCUACAGCUCGAAGAGAAUGUUACCGAUACAAAAACCAUGUAAACAUUCAUCAUAACAUAGCUUCUUAUUCUC